AUGAAUGUUGUGUCAACAGUAUUCCCUUCGUUGGAGAACUUCGAAAUAAACGCGACACUGGUAGAGGAAAAUAAAUAUCCGUGGAUAGCUCGCGUGGUGCAUUCCCGGACCUCCAACACCCCCGUCGUUUGCACGGCUGUUUGUGUCGACAGGAGGAUAUUUAUAACGGCAGCUGUAUGCAUUUCUACACUAAAAGUAUAUUAUACGACAGUCAUAUAUCAAUAUGGAUGGCUACCCGCCAUGGCCUUCGUCGUACCAGCUAAUGGUUCAAAACAAGGUUUUGACGACAUCGGCUUUAUAAUCGUCGAGGCAGAUGAAUCGACCAGGUGGCACACAAUAGAACUCUUCGGUACCAAUCGCACCGAUGAGGCGUUUAAAUGGUUUUCGGAUUUGUUUCAUACGGACAAAAUAACGCAUAAAGUUGUCGGAUUCGCUGUUCCAAAGAUCCUACAGAAAGUGGUCAUCGCUGACAGACCAUUCCAUAUCUGCGAAUUACCUGUUGUUGUGAACAUCAAUUUAUGUCCAUCAAUACUCACGUUCAAAAAUACUUUCUCCGGCUUCAACGUGCCAUGUUACCAUUCCUGCUCAGUCAAAGAAUAUGAGGCUAAAGAAAAGAAUUGCGAAAACUAUCACGGUGUAAAAGGCGGAGCUGUUAUAAACACCAAUACGAACAAAUUACUGGGUGUUGCCACAUGGGGAGCAAUCAGUACGAAUCCAUUGCCAGUUGGUUUCGCGGUGCCUAAUUCGGCGAAUUUUUUCAAGAAUUACCAGUGCGCACAACGUAUUAGAGAUGAUCAAGAAAUUUCUGUAACUGCUGGAUAUUAUCAAAGUCUUUGUGACGAAUAA